AAUUGGAGGGAAAGAGCCAUUAUGUACAUUGGGCUAACAGCGCACUCAGUCAAGCAUAGAUGGGUCUGACGACAUGCUGUGUACACUAUGACAGACUUAGCUAGGAAAUUUAGAAUCCUUAUUGAGGGUCGCCGAUCAACUAAGAAACAUUUAAAAUUAAUUAAGUGGCUACAGAAAAAACAAAUCCUCAAGCAGAAGAUGAAAUGCAAAACCUGCAGAGGCAAAAUGAAAAUGACAAAGAAGUCUUGUGGAGACUACUAUGAAUGGAUGUGCAGAGGGGGCUUCCAUCACAGGAACAGAGUGAAGCAGUCUAUAAGGCACAAGUCAAUUUUCAGCCAGUCCAAGUUAUCUCUUUUUGAUUGGUCACGGUUCAUUUACAGGUUUUCACAAGGACUGCGUUUAAGACAGAUUGACAUGAUGAUGGAUGAGAUAUCAAGGAGUCCGACCUCUCUUUCAAAGAUGGCAAAGAAGCUACGAGAAGUAUGUAUUUGGGCACUUAAUAGAAGAAGGAGAAGGAAGGGACAGCGAUUGGGUGGAAGACACGAGUAUGUGGUGAUCGACGAAAGCCACUUCAGACAUAAGAGAAAGUAUGGGAGAGGCAGAGCGGCUGGGGGGUGGAAAAGAAAAAAGUGGGUUUUUGGCAUGUUGGGCGUGAAGAAAAGUGAUGGGAAGAGUCAGAGACCAAUCCUGCGCCUGGUGGACAGGCGAACCAGACAAGAACUUGUCCCUUUGCUAUGCCGACAUGUAAAAAUGGGCUCUUACAUCAUUAGUGAUGAAUGGCGGUCAUACCGCGUACUUAAUGAUCUGGGGUUCAGACACUUGACUGUAAACCACAGUAUGUGGUAUAUGGAUCCUAUUACAGGAAACCAUACACAGCACAUUGAACGUGCUUGGCGAACUGUUAAGGAGCAGGUCUGGAGACAAAGGGGCAACCGGACAGAAGAACUGUUGUCAGACCACCUAAAUGUGAUUGAGUGGCAUGAAUGGAUUGCAAAAAAGUACCACAGUGGUCCAUUGGGUAGGAUUUUGCAUGACAUAGCAGAGAUGUACAAACAUCUCUGAAACACAUACACAGUCUUUCAUUAAAGGCACACCAGGUAACAUUUUUAGGUUAAUUUAACAGUUUCUUAGUCACUGAUGAUUAAAUGGCUAAUUACCGGGUGAAUGGAGCGUCUCUCACCCAUCUUUGCCUUGUGUGCCUUUAAGAAACCUAUUAAAUCUUAAAAAAAAGCUAUUGGAGAGUUCUUUGUUAGAGUUAUAAAUAAAAUAUUUCCAUCCCCCUUCCCAACAGUGUGUGCUGAGAUCAUUCAUUUCCAGUGUGAAAGUGAAAAUAUUUGCUAUCGUUAAUAAAUGUUAAAUAAAUAUUUGCAAAUAAUUAAUAAUUACUAUUACAACUUUAUUAUAAGGGUCCCCAAUACUAAUAGUUAUAUAUUACUAAUAUAUUAAUUAAG